ACUUGUUGUUCUCGGAUGAUUGACAGCUGUAAAUCCGCCCCGCCCCCUUCCGUGACAGGCGCAUGCGCAGAGGGCCGGUGCACUUCCGUGGGUCUCGCGCAUGAUCGUCGCGCGCUGGAGGAGCUGUGGCGGGAGGAUUUCGCGGAAAAAUUAUUUAUACCAAAGAAAAUGAAGAACAAAGUGACCAGCAGUGCCCCAGUGGGACUCAGAAACAAGUCCUGGUCCUGGCAGCAGUAUCUGGACCAACAGAACGCACCUGCAGCUCCUCCAGAAGUCUUCAACCAGUACCAGGCGUGUCCCAGCAGGAGGAGCUGUGGGUUCAGAGUGGGGAUGAAGUUGGAGGGAGUGGAUCCUCUGCACACGUCACUCUUCUGCGUCCUGACUGUGGCUGAGGUGAUUGGCUGUCGCCUGAGGCUCCACAUCGAUGGUUUCUCGGAGAGCUAUGACUUCUGGGUAAAUUCAGACUCGCCUGAAAUCAAACCGGCCGGAUUCUGCCGCGAGACUGGACGAAGACUGCACCCCCCCAGAGGUGUGCCAGAGGAGCAGUUUGAUUGGUCGGAGUACCUGGAGAGGACCGGGUCAGAGGCGGCGCCAGCGUCUCUGUUCAGAACCAACACCGGCGCCCCCUGUCGGCUGCGUCGGGGGAUGAAGCUGGAGGCUGUCGACAGGAAAAACCCAGGACUCGUUUGUGUCGCGUCUGUGGCCGACGUCGUCCAACAACGAAUCAGAGUUCACUUUGACCACUGGGACCACUCCUACGACUACUGGUACUGCAAGUACUACAAGUACUACAAGUACUACAAGCACUACAAGCACUACUACAACUGGGACCACUCCUACGACUACUGGUACUGCAAGUACUACAAGUACUACAAGUACUACAAGCACUACAAGCACUACUACAACUGGGACCACUCCUACGACUACUGGUACUGCAAGUACUACAAGUACUACAAGUACUACAAGUACUACUACAACUGGGACCACUCCUAUGACUACUGGUACUACAAGUACUACAAGUACUACAAGCACUACAAGCACUACUACAACUGGGACCACUCCUACGACUACUGGUACUGCAAGUACUACAAGUACUACAAGUACUACUACAACUGGGACCACUCCUACGACUACUGGUACUGCAAGUACUACAAGUACUACAAGCACUACUACAACUGGGACCACUCCUACGACUACUGGUACUGCAAGUACUACAAGUACUACAAGCACUACAAGCACUACUACAGCUGGGACCACUCCUACGACUACUGGUACUGCAAGUACUACAAGUACUACAAGUACUACAAGUACUACUACAACUGGGACCACUCCUACGACUACUGGUACUGCAAGUACUACAAGUACUAUAAGUACUAUAAAUACUACUACAACUGGGACCACUCCUACGACUACUGGUGUGACAGCAACAGUCCCUUCGUGCGUCCUAUUGGCUGGUGUCAGGAGCAGGCCCGCCCCCUCACCUGCCCCAAAGGUCACCCGGACCCUGAGCAUUUUGAGUGGGAGGAGUAUCUGAAGGAGACGAGCUCUGAACCCGCCCCCAGAGACGCCUUCAGCCAGGUAACAGCCAAUCAGAGCGCAGCGUCUAACCAGGUAACAGCCAAUCAGAGCGCAGCGUCUAACCAGAGCGAGCCACACGGUUUCCAGGUGAACCACAGACUGGAGGCCGUCGACCGACGAAACCCGGUUCUGAUCCGAGUUGCCACCGUGGUCCAGACUGAGGAGCUCCGGAUCAAAGUCCAUUACUCAGGUUGGCCCGUUCACAUGGAUUGUUGGUUCGACUGUGACGACCCCGACCUCCACCCAGUGUCCUACUGCCACAAGACCGGACACACACUGGAACCACCCAGAGACUCCAGAGCUUCGUCUCCAUCUCACGGCUCCUGCCCCACGGCCGGAUGUCGAGGAGUGGGACACAUCAGGGGCCCCAAGUACAGCAACCACCACAGUCUCUUCGGGUGUCCGUAUUCCGACACAAACCUCAGGAAGGACCUGGUUCUACCGGACCGACUCGGACCAGAGACUGGACUCUCUCUGCUGCCGCACAGGUCUGUGGAGGAGGUUCCUCUGAAGCGGCGUAAACUCUCUGACAGAGUGUGUGCGGUUAGUCCAGCUGUGGUCAAACAGGAGCAGAACUCAGACCCGGUCUUGGUCCAGUCCCGAUUCCUGUCCGCUCUGAGCCCUCAGCCGAGUCGAGACCUGAGUUUGUGUUGGGACCAGCACCAGAAACUCCUGCCCCGAGUCCAGAGAGCCCAGGGCCCCACAGUGCACCGCUGGACCGUCCAACAGGUCUCAGAGUUUAUUCAGUCUCUCCCUGGAUGUGAAGAUCAGGCCCAACUCUUCAGAGACCAGGAAAUCGAUGGGCGGGCCUUCCUGCUCCUGACGCAGCGCGACAUCGUUCGGCUCCUGUCAAUCAAACUGGGCCCAGCGCUGAAGAUUUACCACAGUAUCCUGAUGUUCCAGCACGAGCGCGGCCGGGCGGAGCGGGCGCCGGGCGAGGAGCGGGCGCCGGGCGAGGAGCGGGCGCCGGGCGAGGAGCGGGCGCCGGGCGAGGAGCGGGCGCCGGGCGAGGAGGGCAGUGGAGGACGAGAUGAGCACGCUGAGGGGGACGGGGGCCAAUCAGAGCGCGAGGACACAGGGAGGAGCCAAUCAGAACGCGCCCAGGGGGAGGACGUGGAGGAGAGCCAAUCAGAGAGCCUCUGACCUCACUGUGACCCCGCCCCCUCCUUUGAAAGGGGAGGAGCCUCAGGAGAAUCCACCAAUCACACAUGUCCAUGGUCAUGUGACUUCAGAGCAGCAGCGCCCCACUCAGGAACGCGCCGGAACGACGCGCCGGAACGACGCGCCGGAACGACGCGCCGGAACGACGCGCCGGAACGACGCGCCGGAACGACGCGCCGGAACGACGCGCCGGAACGACGCGCCGGAACG